CCCACUGAGGCCGCCAUCCUCACAACACGCCGCAUGCGCACUGAAAGUCACAAGGCAAUGACAGAUAUGGCGGCUUCCAGGAGACCUCUAGUUGCUGUUUGUGUCGCUCUGCGGUCAAGUGAAUGUACCUCAGUUUUCCUUCAGAACAGAUUUUUUUCAACAACGACCGGUUUUCACAGUCCACUUGGAGAUGAACAGCCAGGAAAAUUCACACCUCCUACAAAACCUGUCAUUGUGGACAAGACACAGGCGGAGGUGACACAACGAAAGUUCCUAAGCCCCGAGUUCAUUCCGCCCAGACAGAGAACAGUUGCAGUCAAAUUUUCUAUUGAGAGGAAAGAUAUGAUACAGAGGAGAAAAAUGUUAAACAUUCCUGAGUUUUAUCCAGGAUGCAUUUUAGCGGUUACUACAUCAGACCCCAAUGCAAAUGGAAAACUGAAUCGAUUUGUGGGAAUCUGCAUUGAGAGAUCAGGGAAAGGACUGGGGGCCACCUUUACCCUGCGGAAUGUCAUUGAAGGGCAAGGUGUUGAAAUUUGUUUUGAAUUAUACAACCCACGUUUACAGCGGAUCGAGGUGCUUAAAUUAGAGAAGAGGCUAGAUGACAAUCUAACAUACUUGCGUGAUGCUUUGCCUGAAUAUAGCACCUUUGAUGUUAACAUGAAGGCAGUUCCUAGCCCUGCAACUGGCGAAGUUCCCGUGAAUUUGUUGAAGGUGAUAAUGAAGCCCAAGCCAUGGUCUAAACGUUGGGAACGCCCAAAAUUCAAGAUACAGGGAAUCCGUUUUGAUUUGUGUCUCACAGAAGAACAGAAACAAGAAGCAAUGAAGUGGGAUCAAAGCUGGCAGGAGUUUGAUUUGAUGAAAGAAUAUGACACUUCAAAAAUUGAGGAAGAGAUCUGGCAGGAAGUGAAGCAGGAAAUGGGCAAAUAACUUCAUCUACACAAAAGAAGUUCUUCCAGAAUAAGGGGAGUAUCAGACAUGGAAGGAACUGUGAACUUGAUUAAGAAUAUGUCCAGGAAAAUGUGACUGUUAAUGGUUUUUAUAUGGUUGCUACUUGUAUAUAAACAUUUUUUUCUUGAAUGUGUUCUGGUCUUGCGCAAGAUUCCUGUGUUCACAUUU